CUCCGAGCCUCCCUCCGCCGGUCCGAGCGCAGGGAGCGGCCGCGAUCGCAGCAUGAGCACCCUCAAGGUCUACAGCACCUCGGUGACCGGCUCCCGGGAGAUCAAAUCCCAACAGAGUGAAGUAACCAGAAUCCUCGAUGGGAAAAACAUCAAAUACGAGCUGGUGGAUAUCUCCCAGGACAACGCUCUCCGGGAGGAGAUGAGGGCGAAGGCAGGCAACCCCAAAGCCAUCCCGCCCCAGAUCGUCAACGGAGACCACUACUGCGGGGAUUAUGAGCUCUUUGUGGAAGCAGUGGAGCAGAACACCCUGCAGGAGUUCCUGAAGCUGGCCUGAGCCACGUCCCCUCCCGUCCUGGACUCUACCUGCAAUUCCUGAGCACCCUCAUCUCCGACCACCUUCACUUCCAGGUUGUCAGCGCUGUCCUGGCACCACGACCUGUAUCCCAGCACAGGGAAAAUCCAUGACCAAAACUACUCAUUGCAGCUGCCUACGAUUCCCUCCUGCCUACCCCUGAUAUCAUCUCAGAGGGAUCCAAAGAAAGUCUGACGCUCGCUGCGCAUGGCCUUUGAACAAAGCUGGGCCUGGCUCACCCGCAGCUUCCAGUGCCUCUGUAAACAGCAAAGCCUCUGGGGCUGUGCGAAGUGCAGCCGCCCGUCAGCCCUCUCUGCUGCAGGGAGAGCAGGAGGGAAGGGCUUAGGGUUGCUUUUUACUUCCCACUUCUCCCGGUUGCUGUUAAAAUUGUAAAUCCUGCUGUCUCACUUCCUUUUUCUCUUUCAUCUCAACUGCAGAGAUUAUGGCAACUAAGUCAUAUUUUUGUUUGUUUGUUUUUAAUUUAAUGCAAAAAAUACUGCACAGGGCUGGGGUCUGACCACCCACCAUGCAGAAGGCUGGGGGCAAAGCCCACUGUGGCUCGGGGGGGAUGGAUGGGCCUGGGAGCAGGACCCAGGCUGCUCCAUCUGCCCUCAGCCGUGAUGCGCUGCCAGGGCUCCCUCGUGAGCCUUAACAGUUCAGGGCUGCUCCAGAACAGCUGAUGCUCCAGCUGUCUUAUCUUUCCUCUUUGAGUUGGCUUUAUUUUAUUUUUUUGCAACCUGGACCAAGUGCAUUUUGUUUUCCUGCCAAAAAAGCAAGUUUAUAACCAGUGUUGUCUUCCGAGAUGCUAUUAAAUGUUACUGUACCUUUCA